GGGGGGCGGAGGAGUGGUGUAACUAGCCGUGGAAAUUGUCACAUAUAUAUCUUUUCUACUGGGGCAGUCUUCAAAAGCUCAACAUUUAAGGUGCUUUUUCCAAAUAUGGGCACAGUCUCAGGCUGACCCGGGCGCGGGCCGGGGGAGAUGGCCGAGGCACGGCAGCCGGGAGGGGAAGCGUGAGAGAAAGCGAUGGGGGCGAGGGCGUGGCGCUGCCGGCCGGACGUCCCCACCGCGGUGCUGUACGGCUCCCUGUCCCUCUUCGUCUCCAUCCUGCACAAUGUCUUCCUCCUCUACUACGUCGACACCUUCGUGUCCGUCUACAAGAUCGACAAGGUCUCCUUCUGGGUGGGAGAGACUGUGUUUCUGAUAUGGAACAGUCUGAAUGACCCCCUCUUCGGAUGGCUGAGUGACCGCUCCUUUCUCAGCUCCCCACAGGCGGGGCCGCAGAUCUUGUCCCCGGAGGUGGUGCUGAAGCGCCUGCGCUCGGUGUCCCGGAACGGGCCGCUGCUGGCCCUCUCCUUCCUGGCCUUCUGGGUGGCGUGGGCACGGCCAGCGCUGCAGUUCCUGGUGUGCCUCUGCCUGUAUGACGGCUUCCUGACGGCAGUGGACCUCAACCACAAUGCCCUGCUGGCCGACCUGGCGGUGUCGGCAGGCGAGCGGGCACGCCUCAACUUCCACUGCUCGCUCUUCAGCGCCCUGGGCUCGCUCUCCGUCUUCCUGUCCUACUCCUUCUGGGACAAAGAGGACUUCUUCUCCUUCCGCCUCUUCUGCGUGGCACUCGCCGGCCUGUCGGCGCUGGGCUUUACUGCCGCGUCACGGCUGCUCCGCCAGAAGUUCCAGAGCGAGGCGCGGCGACGGCAGGACGAAGCCGAGGCACUCAAGGAGCUGUGCGUUGGUCAGGCCCCUCUGGUCCAGGACAAGGCCGUCACCCUCGGGGAGUACCUGAGGCAGCUCUCUAAGCACAGAAACUUCAUGUGGUUCGUGUCCAUGAACCUUGUCCAGGUAUUUCACUGCCAUUUCAACAGCAACUUUUUCCCACUCUUUCUGGAGCACCUGCUGUCAGACAGAAUCUCGGCCUCCACUGGCUCCUUCCUGCUGGGAAUUUCCUACAUCGCCCCCCACCUGAACAACCUGUACUUCCUGACGCUGUGCCAGCGAUACGGGGUGUACGCGGUGAUUCGCUGGCUCUUCCUGCUGAAGCUGGCCCUCAGCGUGGCCAUGCUGCUGGCGGGAGCCGACCAGGUGUACCUGCUCUGCAUCUUCAUCGCCAGUAACCGGGUCUUCACUGAGGGCACCUGCAAGCUGCUGAACCUGGUGAUCACGGACCUGGUAGACGAGGACUUUGUGCUGAACCGGCGGCAGCAGGCCGCCUCGGCGCUGCUGUUCGGCAUGGUGGCGCUGGUGACCAAACCGGGUCAGACCUUCGCCCCACUCGUCGGCACCUGGCUGCUGUGUGUCUACACAGGCUACGACAUCUUCGAGCGUGACCCCGUGCAGGAUGCGGUGGCGGCGGCGGCCGUCUCCAGCCCGGCGCUGGCCGUCACGCUGCGCCAGGGCUGCUUCUACCUGCUGGUGUUCGUCCCCAUCACCUGCGCCCUGCUGCAGCUGCUGGCCUGGUCCCGCUUCACCCUGCACGGCAAGCGGCUGCAGAACAUCAAGGCCCUGCGGCAGGGCGCCCAGCACUGCCACCCGGCUGAUGUCAAGACCAUCUGAGCCGGGGGGGGGGAACUGCUGACGCCCCUGGGAGGGUUUAUGGGUGGACCCAUGUAUCCCACUGCCAAUGGACUCCUGCCUUAUUUUGAUAUGAAGAGUAUCAUAUGAGUGCUUAUCUAUGUAUGAACUGAUGACCAAAAUGGGAGGAAGGAGGAAAAGCACAGGAGGGUGAAUGGCGAUGGAUGCUGAGAGGGAGUGGGGGGUGAGGCCUGGGUGAGGGAGUGAAGUUGAGGCACGCUGUGGGGAUCUCUCUGCCAAAUCACCUCACUCAGACUGAGGUUGCCAAGCCUCUCGCGUGUGCGUGUGUGCGGGCGUGUACACUUAUGUUCAUGUCAGAGUGUGCGCUCGCAUGCACGUGUGCAUGUGUGUGUGUUUAUGUAUGCUUGUGUACAUUUCUCUUCUUCUGUGUUUUUCCGUGAAGAAACGGUUGCUUUUAGAAAACAAUCUUGCUGAGUAUCUCGAGGCAUUCCAAAUUCCACAGGUGUCAAAACCACAGGCGUACGUGGGGUUUUCCACCUGUGCCGAUCAGCACCGUCAGUACCAGCUAGAGGCGUGUGUACACACAGUGAAGCCCCUCGCCCUUUUGCCAUGUCGAGAGGCUGCUGGGGAGGGGUUUAGGGUACUGUACCUUCUCAUUGGCCCAGCGGCACAGGGCUACCUGUGCCAUCAGCUGGAGUCGAUGAACAGGGACAGCAACACAAGGUUCUCCUGUCAGGGUGACAUGCCAAGGGGACAGAGGGCGUGGAGCUCGACCCAGCGGGCCACAGAGGCAUCGCCGCCAAAUAUUUUUCUAUCAAUCUAGUCUCGUACACAUAAAUUAUUUUCUUACUCGCUUUUAACUUUUGAAAUGUUGUGAUGCAGUAUGCAGCUAUGUGGAAAUUGGUGUUUCAGUUUUGUGUUUAGGCAAAGCUUGCUAGCAUCAUUUUGUAUAUUUGUAUAUCUGGAGGGCGAACACAGUUGCUGUAGAUCUGAAAGAUUUGAGGUGCUUACGGCCUCCAGCACAGUUUUUAAACCUGCUCAGAAUGAUUACAAAUGUGACGAGUACCAGGACUUGCCUACUUGCCAUUUUGACAGCUGUCUACUGUACACAUUCCUUAACUUCUCAUCAGGAUGUAGUUUAUUUUAUGAUACUUCCCACUUCAUUACGCCUUCAGAUCUGUUUAAUUCAGGUGUUUUUGUAUGAGCUUGUUUUUGUGUGUAUCCAUGAGUCUUAAAUCCAAAUGUUGGAGAGAAAAAAAUGGAAAUUUACAAAUGUUUACAUUUUCUAACAAUAGAAAAUUAACCAGGUCCUAUGGCAUUUGAUUUCCUCCCCUUUAAUUUAAAUGACUGAAGACACUUUAAGAAGCCUGUGCAUAAAAAUGAAGGUGAAUUUUUGGAACGCAGAGUGCUCUUUGAAAAGCAGGAUUAGUGAGAGUUCUCAGGUUUGGAGGGGCACAAUCAAGACUCACUCUCUUUUCCCAAAAAAGAAACACGAACUUAAUCUCUGCUCGGUGUAGCAUGUGCCAUUUUCAGAACAUUUUUGUAAAUGAAUAAAUGUUGAUUAC